AUGGCUUCGAAACAAUUUGCUUUAUCUGCAGCUCUAGCUAGUCUCUUCGCGACUAGACUUGCGACUGCUGACGUCUAUAUCUCGGUAGAGCACGACGCCACUUACUCGCUGUCUGAGUCUUGUGGCGUACCUUGUUCCGGUAGUGGAGCGGAGCCUGCAGGCAAUGCUUGUCCCAAAGCUGGCGACGUCGCCACUGCCGACUGUCAUUCGCACCUAUUAUCGUACAAUGGUGCAACUUGCGUUGCACCGGUCGAUGCCCAGUGCAUUUUGAUUCACGACAACGUAUGGGGUUGUGCAUUUUCGAAAAUGGGGUACCCUUCUUCUAGCAAUAUUGAAUCCGUCGCAGCAUACGAUGGAGAUAGCACGGGCUGGAGUACUGCUUAUGAGAUGAAUGAUUAUCCAAUGGAGGAUACCCCAUCCAGUGUCCACUACAACACAGCACUCGAUACACCACUUGAUGUCAAUUGUGAUGUUUUGACUGAGACGUCGAGUCACCAAAUGGGUGGCGCGAUGGACGAAGGAAAAUACUAUGGCUCGACAGAUUCCACGAUGGUCGACCAUCAAAAGUCCACCAAAAGCGAGUAUGAAGACACCAACCACAACAACUUACUGAGGACUGGCUCAACAGAUAAGCCCACGGCCGAAAUCAAGAAGGACUCACCAACGUAUAUUCACGAUGUCACCGACAUGACCAACGGCGACAAGACUUCUACAAAAACUACAGCUGAAGACGAUAUGAUGAACGGCGAAUACACCACCGCCACUGCAGUGAAAGAAACUAAUGUGCCUCUAGAGGGUAGCGACAGCAUGAAAAGUCACACUACUGGUGUGGCUCCACACGUCGAAACAGCAAUGACUGGUGAAUACCACCAUCCUCCGACUGCUGAAGAAGGUAAAAAAAUGGCGAGUUACGACACUGGUAAGUCGUCUGGAGAGAAGACUGCUGAAUAUGCUGCUAUAACCGAUGGUGGGUAUACUACCGACAUGACAGGUGGAUAUACUACCGAUACUACAGUGGGAGAUAAGAGUAUGGAGAGCUACAUUCCAAGCGAAAGUGAAACGACACCAAGUGGUAAAUAUACUUCGGGUGUCGAACAUGGCAUUACCCCGGUAGCAGUACCAGCUGACCAUAUGACUUACUCAUCAGAGUCAUACACGGAGGGCUACAACGGCAACAAACUUAGUCACGAGUAUGUGACUCGUAUUCCUGAAUAUGCCGGAUCGUACCAUGGAUCUGAAUACGCCUCCAAGAAGAGUACCGACAUGCUAACAUACCAGCCUCCUUAUCACUCACAAGAGGAGACAGCUUAUGCUUCUACCGAGAAACCUUGCGAUUUGAUUGUGCCAGAAGAUGAGACUGUCCAUCAACCAACAUAUGAACACACAACGGCGCCAUCAACAGUCGAAAUGCCCCUCGAACCUGUGAUUACUCUUCCCACGGUAACAUUAACCCCAGCCGUCCUCCCUACGAACACUUUGUCUCCGGCAACCAUAACGUCGCUGUGCUCCGAUGGAGGUGUUAAUGGUGUUCAAGUAGAAGCUUUGGUACGCUACAACAACCUCGAUAUCAUUUCCACGACGGCAGGCAACCGAGAUGAGCAAACGUGGCGCUCGUGUUGUGAGCAGUGCUUGCUGAACCUCGUCUGUGUAACAUUUAGUUUUGAAGAACUUGUUUCUGCAAAUGUGUGUGUUCUGACGGGCUCUGCGACUGGGAAAACGACAGAGCUUCCGAACUGGCAAUCAGGUAACGUCCUGAAUGUUCGCGCUCUAGUGAACGUCUAA